AUGUCCAACAGCAGCUCCAUCAGGCAGUUCCUCCUCCUGGCAUUUGCAGACAGGCGGGAGCUGCAGCCCUUGCACUUCUGGCUCUUCCUGGGCAUCUACCUGGCUGCCCUCCUGGGCAACGGCCUCAUCAUCACCACCAUCGCCUGUGACCACCACCUCCACACCCCCAUGUACUUCUUCCUCCUCAACCUCUCCCUCCUCGACCUGGGAUCCAUCUCCACCACUCUGCCCAAAGCCAUGGCCAAUUCCUUCUGGGACAACACCGACAUCUCCUACAGGGGAUGUGCUGCACAGACCUUUUUCUUUUUAUUCUUCAUCACAGCAGAGUUUUAUCUCCUGACCAUCAUGUCCUACGACCGCUACGUGGCCAUCUGCAAACCCCUGCACUACGGGACCCUCCUGGGCAGCAGAGCUUGUGUCCACAUGGCAGCAGCUGCCUGGGGCUCUGGGUUUCUCCAUGCUCUGCUGCACACAGCCAAUACAUUUUCCCUGCCCCUCUGCCAGGGCAAUGCCCUGGACCAGUUCUUCUGUGAAAUCCCCCAGAUCCUCAAGCUCUCCUGCUCACACUCCUACCUAAGGGAACUUGGGCUUCUUGUGGUCAGUGCAUGUUUACCAUUUGGCUGUUUUAUUUUCAUCAUGGUGUCCUAUGUGGAGAUCUUCAGGGCUGUGCUGAGGAUCCCCUCUGAGCAGGGAAGGCACAAAGCCUUUUCCACGUGCCUCCCUCACCUGGCCGUGGUGUCCCUGUUCAUCAGCACAGCCAUGUUUGCCCACCUGAAGCCCCCCUCCAUCUCCUCCCCAUCCCUGGACCUGGUGGUGUCAUUUCUGUAUUCGGUGGUUCCUCCAGCAGUGAACCCCCUGAUCUACAGCAUGAGGAACCAGGAGCUCAAGAGUUCUCUGAGGAAAUGUUAUCGAGUCUCCCAACAGAAAGCACAGCUGGUGCAAGAAAAGGUGGUCUACCUUGGAUACGAGAUCUCUAGAGGACAGAGAUCCCUAGGAACAGCGAGGAAAGAAGCCAUCUGCCAGAUGCCCAGGCCUGAAACGGUGAGAGACCUGCGAGCCUUCCUGGGAGUGACAGGUUGGUGUCGCCUGUGGAUAUACCAGUACGGCAUCCUUGCUAAACUCCUCUAUGGUUUGCUGAAAGAGUCUAAAAAUAUUCUGGGAAACCUCUGCAAGAGAAAUGGGAAGGACCCUUUCAAGUGUUGCUCACCACCUUCACUGCAGUCCGAAUUAAGGAGCGACCCACCUGGAUCCACUACUCCCGAGUCAAGAGGACCCCUGAACAUUGCCAAGAACAUUCCUGAGGGAGCUAGACAUUAUGGACUGGCGACCUUUACUGCUGACUUUGGAUAA